AUGCCCUACCAGUCGGGCGAAUUCGUUGCGAUAAAAAGUGAAUUGAGCGAGAUGUGGCCGGCGAUAUGGAGAGUUGAUGGAAAAACAUUACUACAAAAAUAUGAACCAUUCGAGGAAAACGGAAAAGUACUAUAUCGAAAUAUUUCCACGUAUGCAGCAUGGAACCCUCAAAAUAAGAAACUUUACAGCCAAGUACAAGUUAAAGUCCGAUCGCAAUCACAUUUAGAAACAAUAGUAGAAUUAGUAAGAAGUGAAUUGCCUCUCGACGACUGUAGUUUUAUGGAGAAGAGAAUGCUAGAAACGCAAAUGUACCAAGAAAAUUUCGAAGUUUAUAUACAGACAUUAAUAUCACAUGCCUUGGAUCCCAAUUUCUUAACUGAAAUAUUUCAAGAGCAAGACGACUACUUCCUGUCCAACGUGAAGACGGUGGACGAGGUGACGGAGGCGAUGCGCGCGCGCGUGGCGGGCGCGGGCGCGGCGCGCGCGCUGGACGCGGCGGCGGCGGCGUGGCCCGGCCUGGGCGUGGCGGCCGGCGCCGGCGCCUGCCGCGCCUGCGCGCGCCCCGCCGCCGCGCGCCUGCUGCUCUACGGGCAGCCCUACAACCCCGCCACGCUCGAGCCCGUGCAGCCCGACGCCCGGCUGGCGUAUGAAAAGGAAUUCCUUGUGUGUAGUACGUGUUGUGGUCGGGUGCAGUUAUUUUCAAGAAUAUCACAUCAAAAAUACCUCAUGUAUGCGGAAUGUAGUAAAAGAGUAGCAGAGAAGAGAAUGCAAAACCCCAGUAAAGACACGACAGUGAUCCUCAACGAAUUGCUCGCGGAUGAAGUGUGGCUGUCUCAGUUGUUCCGCGACGUACGACAGUCUUGGGCGGAGGCGGAGUCGUGGGAGCGCAAGAUGCGGCACGCGAUGACUCGCCAAAUGAUU